AUGCCAAAAGUAAAUUAACUCAAUGGAAAUUCAUAACAUAAUAGCAAAAACUCAAUGAAUAAUUAAAAUGCAGUGUCCCUAAAUAAUAAAUUACCCCAUUCUUAUGAAAUCGAGUGUGACAGAAAAGAUUGCAUGAUGGUGAAGUUGAAUGGAAUUCAGAUGCAACAUUAAUUAUUUCUUCUUAAAAAAGAUCUCGAUAAAUAUAAAGCUUUGUAUGUGAAUGAAAGAAAGAAAAUAAGUGACACCUAUAAGGAAGUUGAAGAAAUCAUGGAUGCCCUUUCUAAAAAGGAGAAGGAAAUUAAAAUUAAAGAGAUGCAACUUCUCGAGUUUGAACAAACCCUGUUAAAAAAGAAUAUGCAAAAUGAUAGUGUAAGUGAAUCUCUGCAAAAUUUAAAUAAAAAAUUAAUUGACAAAGAAUAAUAACUAGCUGAAAAAGAAAAUCAAAUUAAUCUUGAGGCUAAAAAUCAAUAUCGACUAAUUGAUGACCUAAACAACCUAAAGACCAACUUAGAAUCUUCAGUUAAGUUUUUAGAAUAAAAGGAAUCACAGCUAUUUGCAACUCUUCAAUAGUUAAACCAAUAGGAACAAGAAACUUUGUAGAGAGUCGAUCAUAUCAACCAAUUUAUUUCAAACUCAGAUCAACAUCUUUCAAUGAUGGAAUCAAUCGAACAAUUAUUCAAACAGAAAACCCAGAAUAUUGAUCAAAUAAAACAAUCAGUAACUUAAAAAUAAGAAGAACUAUAGAUGUUUGAAUAGCAAUUACAACUUAAGAGUGUUUGUGCUUCUUUAAAUGAAGCUACUUUUAUGAAAAAGGUCGCCUAAACUGAAAGAAUAGUUUUAAAGACACCUACAUAAGAUACCAAUAAAAAAGGCCAACCUAAAUCUAAUAAAUGUAAUACAUUUUCAAACCAAAAAGUGUAUAAAAUUUAACAGAAUAAACUAUUUUCAACUAUAAGCAGUAGAGAAAAUAGUCCAAUCUCUAACAGAGAAUCAUUUAAAAUAAUUAAUAAACCUUAUUUCUAAAGUUAGAAGCCAAUGCAAGAAAUCAAUAAUUUCAACAUUAAAUAUGAUACUAUAAUAUAAAAUUGA